AUGGCAGAAGUGAUUGGCACAUAUUUUGUGGUAUUUGCUGGUUGUGGAUCUGUGGCAGUGAAUAAGAUCUAUGGCUCAGUCACAUUUCCAGGCAUUUGUGUGACAUGGGGACUCAUCGUAAUGGUCAUGUUUUACACUGUUGGUCAUAUCUCUGGAGCACACUUCAACCCUGCAGUCACCAUCACUUUAGCCAUUUUCCGCCGCUUCUCAUAUAAACAGGUGCCACUGUACAUUUUUGCUCAGUUACUGGGGUCUAUACUUGCAAGUGGCACACUAGCCCUAAUGUAGGAUUUAACUCCUAAAUCUUUCUUUGGAACGAUACCAGUUGGAUCCAAUGUCCAAUCUUUAGCUGCUGAAAUCACCAUCACCUUUCUCUUGAUGUUUGUUAUAUCUGCUGUUACUACAGACGACAGAGCGGUGGGUGAUUUUGCAGGAGUUGUAGUUGGGAUGACUAUAAUGUUGAAUGUCUUCGUUGCCGGGCCUGUGUCAGGAGCUUCCAUGAACCCUGCAAGUAGUAUUGGUCCUUCGCUUAUUAUACAUGUUUACAAAGGGUUGUGGAUAUACGUCGUUGGUCCAAUUAUUGGAGCCAUAGCUGGAGCACUAGCUUAUAACUUUCUUAGAUCCACCACACACAAUUCUCCUUCAGAAGAAAUCAAAGGGCCUUCUUCAGGUUGA